AUGUAUGUGAAAUGGUUUGAUACAGUAAUGUUUUACUAUGUUAUUUUAGUGAAUUUAGUGAAUGUCACUUUUUGUCAUUUUCAAAUUUCCCGCCGUUCCAUCCCCUGUCCGUCCCGACGCUCGCAGGGGACGGAACCCAGAUGAAAGAUGCUGGCAUAUGCCGGAGGAGGGACACUGCAGGAGGGACAUCGCGGGAGUGCAGGACAAGGUAAGAGAACAACAGAUCCCGGAGCAACGCUGCAAGGUAUUCCUAAGUGUAGCUCGGAGUUACCACUUGUGCUACACUCGGGAAUACCUCCAGGGGGGU